CUCCUCUCCAUCAAUCAAUUAAUCAAUCCAUCCAUGUCCGACUGACUGUCCUUCUCUUACCCUUCCCCUUCCCCUUCCCUUCCGCACUUCACAUGAUCCGCAAUUUCAAUUUUCCUUUCCCUUGUUGACUCUCCUGCUUCUGCUUCGCUUUGUCGCUACCCUUUUCCAUUCCUCUUUUCCCUUUUCCUUUCCACCAACAACCAAACCCCCAUGGACUGGGAGAAGCAACCACCGCAGCAGGCGGCGGAGGAGCCGCCGACCGGCGGAGGAGGAGGAGGAGGAGGAAUGUUUGUCAAGGUAAUGACGGACGAGCAGAUGGAGGUCCUCCGCAAGCAGAUAGCUGUGUACGCCACCAUCUGCGAGCAGCUCGUCGAGCUCCACAAGUCGCUCACCUCGCAGAACGAUCUCGCUGGAGUGAGGUUGGGGAAUCUCUACUGCGACCCCUUGAUAACGUCGGGUGCCCAUAAAAUCACUGGAAGACAGCGCUGGACACCGACGCCUAUGCAGCUGCAGAUUCUAGAGCGGAUAUUUGAUCAAGGCAUCGGAACGCCAAGCAAGCAGAAGAUCAAAGAAAUAACUGCGGAGCUGUCUCAGCAUGGUCAGAUUUCUGAAACGAAUGUUUAUAACUGGUUUCAGAACAGACGUGCUAGAUCAAAACGGAAGCAACAGGCUACGACGGCAAACAAUGCUGAACUAGAGGUGGAGACGGAGGUGGAGUCGCCCAAUGAAAAGAAAACUAAGCCAGAGGAAUUUCAACCGCAGCACGGCCUGAGCUCGAGGUCUGACGAUCUCUGUUUUCAGAACCCUCAAUCCAGUUCUGCAAUGCAUUCGGUCGAUCCACGUACCAGCAAACCCGAGCCUUUGUUGCAUUCUGAUGGAAACUCAAAGUUUGGUGGCAGUGGCUUUGGGCAAAUACCUUUCUAUGGGAGCAUGUUGUCGAAUCCAAGAAUGGACCAGUUCAAGAUUGAAGUUCCCGGGAACUACAAUCCUUAUCUGGAACAGGAUGAGUACAAUAUGGAUGGAUAAUUACGGGUUUCUUGAUUUCUGGUAUGCGUGUUUUCCCCAAAAUUCCAUUUUCAGCUGACGAGUCAAGUGGCAGCAUUUCUACUGUCAGUUCGCAACUAACACGGAUCUUGGAAAUGUCCAGUACUUUGCGUUAAGAUGAGACUACUCCGCUAACGGCUGGUUUGCACACAAAAUUAGUAUGCAACUAUACGUUCAAAAACCCGUUUUCUUGCUGUAUACUUCCUACCUAUCCCUAAAUUUAGAGUAUUACUAGUGUCCUUAUCUGCUAGCAUUUUGUUUUCGGAGUCGUGUUCUGUGUGUUUGGACAACUACAGAUUAUAUGAUAUUAGAAUGUUCUUGGGAAUUUGAGGAAGGCUAUAAUCAGAUGCUAAACAGCUAACACUAGAAAGUGUGUUCAUUUGUGCGACAAAAAACUGCUGAGGAAACUGCAGGAUACCUUUGUAAUUUCUACUACUAUAGUUGGCUUUGCUUGUGGUGUUAUAAUGGAUUUUUGAUAUGUUGUUUCGUUAAUGAAAUGAUUCGUAGGUCUAUGUUCAGA